AGUUCCAAACCAAGAGAGGACUGGAAUUGAAAUAAGGUCAAGAUCUGGGAAUGUGGGGAGAUGGAGGCUAGAUGGUAAAACGUGGAAAGAAGGGAAGGCAAAAACACCCUGGAGUCGUGUCCGAAACCUGACUAAACAGAGACCGGAGGGGGAGACAGUGUGUAGAGAUCAGGCGAGAGAGAGAGAGAGAGAGACCGAGAGAGUGAGAGAGAGAAUGCGAGAAGGAGGGGUAGACUCUGGAGUUCGAGCGUCGUUCCUGCCCACCGUCUCAACAUAGUGCAGCCUGUGUGUGCGUGCUCUCUCAGGGUGCGCUCUGUCGUAUACACACACAAUACAGGCAGAGACAAGCACACACACAUACACGUACACUCACAGAACAAGGGAGGGCGAGCAAGCGAGCUAAAGAGAGAGAGAACACAUCGCAGCAGAGAUGCAGCAGGAGGUUUUUCGAGAAUUGAGGAUGGGGUCAUGGUGUCCAGAAUGGACGACAGAGACCCCAUCUACACCAGCUUUGCACCAUUGGAGCUAAACAAACAGUGCUUGGCUGGACCUCCUCUAAUCAGCAAGAAGAGUCAAGUCCACGUUUAUCUACAAAUCAUCACUGUGCACAGCAUCCACUUUCACACGUUGAGGUCUUUACCACUUAACUCUCUUCCUCUUCUGAGUGCCCGCCAUUCUUCCAUUCCAGUGUUGGACACCAUUCUGACAUUUAACUCUCUCUUUUCUGUAGUUCUGACACUGCUGAGUAGCAUCUGCUACCACUUAACGGUGGGCAACCUUAAUAAGUGUCUGAAAAGACUUCAGGAGGAGCAUCAAAUGAAAUACAGAAAUAAACAGACAAGAGGAGACAGGAUGGGAGAGGGCACAGAUGACAUGGACAAAGCCAAAACUACAAAAAUAUCUCUUAGUUUCCCGAUGAGCGCUGGAUUGUCUGCACAAAAGCACCGUCCUUUAAUUCAACCUUCUUCCUCUUCUACGGCAUUUGGCAGAGAUGCUUCAAAUGGCUCCGCAUGGAAGAAGGAAACCCUCCGAGACGAACAUUUGUCCAAAGGAUUAAAAUCAGACUACCUGUCCUGUUCUUCCUCUUCCACGCGCUCUGUUGAUUUGGCUGCACCUGUCAGUAAGAACUGCAAACCCACUAUGUCUUUUUCUGUGGAUGGUAGUGGCCCCCACUUUCCAACAUCUGCUGUACACACAUCGGGGAAAAUAAACUACUCAAGAGAGACAUCUGGAGCUGGUCUUCCUGAAGACUACCCAGAACACUCAACAACAGAGACUGCACAUAUUUUAUUUAAUUUAAGUGCAAGAGCUUACCAAGGUCAGGUGACAAAAGACAUGGAACAUUCAAAUGGCAAAAACCAGAAAGGCAGCAGCCUACAUGUCGAAUUGAGUCUCCCUCUUCCCAGUAUCAACCCACCAUCAUCUUCAUCAAGCCCUCCUCCUCUUUCACCAUCUUCUGUUUCUCCCUUGACCCUUUCUCCUCCAUCUAUCAGUGACACCUAUCAGGCAGCUCCAAAACCGGAGCUGUUGUGUGGGGUGUGUCACCGUCUGUUCAGCACCGCUUCGUCCCUCACCGUGCACAUGCGCCUUCAUCGUGGGGGGCGACUUCUCAGCUGCCGCCACUGUGGCAAAGCCUUUAUCCAUAAUAAAAGACUGCAAUCCCAUGAGGCCACCUGUCGACAUGCGCUGCCAGCUCUCCCUGUCCAACCUAAAGAUGAACCUUUGGAGGAGGGAGAGUUAAAAGAAACAAGCAAUGCUGCAGAUCCAGAGCAAAAUGAGCGGGAGACAGGACCUGGUCGGCCCGUAAAGAAGAAAAGAGGCAUCAACGGACACCAUGUAAGGGCACUAUCUCAUAGUGAUGACCUCAGGGAUGAAGAUCACUUUGUAAAGGUUGUUGAUGGACAUAUUAUUUACUUCUGCUCAGUGUGUGAACGUUCCUACAUGACACUGUCUAGCCUCAAACGCCACUCUAAUGUUCACUCAUGGCGUCGAAAGUACCCCUGCCACUAUUGUGACAAAGUUUUUGCUCUUGCAGAAUACCGCACCAAACAUGAGGUGUGGCACACCGGUGAAAGGCGGUAUCAGUGUAUAUUUUGCUGGGAGGCCUUCCCUACCUACUACAACCUCAAAACUCACCAAAAGGCAUUCCAUGGCAUUAGCCCUGGCCUUAUAUCAAGUGAAAAGACAGCCAAUGGGGGCUAUAAACAGAAAGUUAAUGCCCUUAAACUCUACCAUCUACUACCCAUGCGCUCUCAAAAACGACCCUAUAAAACAUAUAACCAGGGCUUAGCAGGUGGACUACUCAAACCUGACCAAUCAGUCAAUCUCCCGCUACCUCUAAACUGCAGUCUCCCUCCAGAUGUGGACCCCAAUAAACUUGAGUCUUUUCUUAAAGAUAUCAGUUCCCAAGAUAUAAAACCUGACCCUGACCAUUUCCUUAUCAAGAUGGACACAGCACAGUGCAAAAAGACUGCUACAUCUCAGACAGACAUAUCUGAAGAAGUCAGUAAAAUGGAAAAGUCAGAUCACUCGACAAACAACAGCAGCAAAGCCAAAACUGUUAAGGACUUGGAGGCAGCUGUCUCUUCUGUCAUUACAUUUGGACAUAGCAAACCCUCUGUCAUUAUGCAUAGCACAGCACUCCAGUCUUCAGUUAUCGUUCAAAAAAACAAGAUACCCGCUGAGGAUGCAAAAAGCCCCCCUGAGAGCAGUCAGGCAAAAGAUAAGACCGUGCACAAGCCACAUAAAAAGCAUAGUCAGAAAGAACCCUCACACGAUCGUCGUAGGUGGGAUACAGCCAGCUCAAGUACAGAAGUCUCAGAUGUCCGACAGCCAACAGAGAAACUUCACAAGGCACGUAAAGCUCAUACAAGGAAUGAGUCCAGCGACAAAGUUCCCACGUCUUCGGGUUCGGAGGUCAAAGGGAUUGGGCCUCUGUGUCAAAUCACUGUGCGUAUAGGAGAGGAAGCAAUUGUAAAGAGGAGUAUCUCUGAGACAGACCUCAUGAGAGACAAAGGUUUGUCCUUAACUAAGGACAAAAAGAACAAUAUUUCACAUGGAGACCAGAGAGAGCAGCGACACACCCAUCACCACCACCGCAAACGGCAAAAACAUUACAGCAGCAAUCAGGAAGAUAGUAAGGGAGAGCCCAAAUGGAAAAAACCAAGACUCCCAGGAAAGGUAAGAAAGUACUUCUUCCGACAGGAAGUCAGAGAGAACAGGAAUGAUCAUGAUGGAGAGGAUAAACUGUGGAGACCCUACUAUUCCUAUAAGCCCAAGAAAAAGGCCUUGCAUAUGCAGAAGAUUAAGACUUGGCAACACAAAAUGCACUACAAACAAUCUCGUCAACUGAUAAAAAGAACAGAAAGACUUAUGAAUCAUGUAGAGAAGGAGUGUGACAACUUCCAGGAGGAAGAAAAAGAUGUUCAAGAGGAGGAACAAAAAGAUAUUCAACAAAUGGAGAUCAAUGACAACACUCAGUCUCUUUCUGUUAAUUUAGUAACUGAACAGAAGGAGGAAGAGAAUAGAUCCCCUAAAAAGCUUGAACUUCCUUUCUCUGCAACUUUAUCCCAGUCUAAUCUGAACACCCAGCAUACAGUUUCCUCUCCCAUCAAACAACAUUGCUCUGGGGACCAGGCAUCUCAAUGUGGGUCUUGUGGCCGCUGGUUCUCCAGCUCUAGAAAGCGAGACAAGCAUGAACUAACACAUCUGUUUGAGUUUGUGUGCCUACUUUGCAGAGCACCUUUUCCUUCUCAGAACAAGUUAGAGGAACACCAGAAAACUAGUCACCCAAAGAACAAAUCCCCCUCUGUUUCCGCUUCAUGUAAUUCUUCAAGCAGAGAAACUGCAGUUGAACUAAAGGAGGCAGGCAGUGUGUUAAACACUGGGCUCUUGGAGAGGAGUAGUCCUUUUCGCUUGGGAAGGAGGCCUUUGACGAGAUAUACUUGCUCACAGUGUGAUAAAGUAUGUAAGACAGCUGCUGCACUGAACUGCCACCUAAAACGACAUGAGUUAGGUGGCUCUUCAGAGAACAUGCAGCAAAUGCCAGACACAACGCAAAGUCAUUUUGUGGUACCAGAUGUAGGUCAAAGACAAGAUUCAGACAUUACAGUUAGACAUGCACAGCCCAUCCCUGUUAUUAACUAUUCCAAAACAGAUUCCCAGCACACAGAGGAACAGAUGGAUAAAAUGACUGAAGAACAACAAGGAAAUGUUACUAGUUCAAGUACAAAAUUUGCAACUUCUGACAAAAUCCAAACUUCACAGUUGCCUAUCGUGUCCUCUGUAGUCAAACCCAACCCAACACAAGAAAGAUCCAUGGGCAUAUCCCCUAGUUUACCCACUGUGCUGGUCAUGAAUGGAGCAGAAUGCUUGGAUUUUCGAACCCCUGAAAAACGAAGUCUAGAUGCACAGGAACAAAGAAAAGGAGGCCUUACACCCACUGACAGAGCAAGUCAAGUCUGCCAAGUGCGAAUAGCAUCUAAGGAUAAAACAGAAGCAGAUACAUCUCUACCCAUGUCAUUACAACUGAUCAAGGGUAGUGUUUCAGAUUCAGUGGUAGAAAGGGACUUACAAGGACAUAAAGAUAUUCCCACAAGUAAUCCUUUAAAUAAUUUACAGGAGGCUCAAGAUCUCAGAGUAUUCAGAUCUGCUUGCAGCAUCCAAGCAGAGGACCUGUCCAUGCAAACUGUACUGGCAAGGGAAAGGGAGCAUUUUCAGCAAACUCCAUACCAAUACUCAACUAUUAAGAGUCGGACCACAGAUGAGGUUCUGCACAUAGUACCCAAAGAAGAGCCACUGAGUCCUGUACCCUCUCCCACAUGCUCUGUCAUUCAAACCACUCAAAAAGGCCCCAUUAUAAAGCACUUACAGUUACAGUCCCCUUGCCACUCUCCAGGCCCCUUAAACCUACAGUUGCGGCCACAUUCACAGUCAAACCAAGCACACCAAGGUUUGCGCUGUGCUGAGAAUCAGAGAUCUUUAACAAGUUCAGAUCCGGGAAGUAGGCUGUCCUCAUCUCGUGCUGCAAUGCACCCCCAAGUGUCUCGUUCAAAAUGCGGGUUAAGGGAUAGCACCUCUUCAACAGCAAGAGACCUCUGUGGAGAAUCUGGAUAUCCUGUUCAAGACUUUGCACUUCCCUUAAUCAUACCAGGGGGGUAUUGUUCCGGUAAAAAUCAGGAGGAUCAGAUUCUUAUGUCUUACCCUCCAACACCUCUGUCUUUUGGAGCGCUGGGAAAGAUGGUACCUCAUAAUGACUCAACAAAACUGCCCUUUUACCCUGAUCCCUAUCACCUACUUUAUGGACCACAGUUACUUCCAUAUCCAUAUAAUCUUGCAGCUUUGCCUAUGGCUCUCAACAUGGUCGGAACAGGGGACAAAGUAGAGCCGUUGUCCUUUUUACCCACUCUCUACAAUUAUGCUGCAGUAGGUGUCCCUUUUACAGGGACAAUGCCCCACCCUUUAGUAGUGAACCCCAGCCUAUAUAAUAACGGCAGUAACACAAAGCGAGACGGUGACAAUCCAUGAAUGAAUAUAAGGGGCAACAUCAGUGAAGGAAUACUGUACAGCUUAAAAAGAGGACCAUACCUUGGAUGGAACAUAUGUUAACUAAAGCACUUGCACCAAUGUUUUGUCUCUUUUGUAAAGUAGCAUAAAAUAGGCCUAUCUAGGAAAUAAAUAUAGUAAAGUAGAGAUGCUUUGGAGGUAGCACCAAUAAGUAAAGGAGGGUUGUGAUCUACUGGUCCAAUUGCUUCCCCUUGGCACUGGCAAAACACACCUCUAACACACCUCUCCUGUAAUUAAAAAAUAAUAACAGGGUGUAGAUCGUGAGGGGGGUUGGGGGGGACAGAAAUUGUGUGUUUUUCACUAGAAACAAUAACAAUAAUGGUAAUAGCACUGAUAUAACAAUACUGUAAGUAGAAGGAUGUACCUUAAAAAGGUGAAAAAGUUAUAUCACACUCAACUUAGUGAAGGAAGACAUUAUUCUACAAGCAGUUUCAUGAAUGUCUGUAUGUGUUUCAUCAUGCAUGUAGCUUGGGGUAGAUUCCCCUUUACAGCAUUGUAUGUUUAGGUUAGGUUGUGUAUUUUUAGUACUGGCUUUGAUGUGAUCGUUUACUGUGUGUGUAUGGGUGUCUUGACGGCAACAUAUGCAUGCAGUGUUGUAGCCAGCAACCAUUUUGCUAUGUCAGCCUUGAUCAAUUCCAUUUGGAUAUCAAAUAUUUCAUUCCUAAACAGGCUGUUACAACUUUUGUAGUUCAGCAAGUAGAAAAAUUAGUUAAGAUUCAUCCUUUGUCAGUCAUAACUUAGCAGCUUAAUAGAGUAUCUAUGUCAGAUUGGAUAAAGGUUGUAUAUGUGAUCUUUUACUAACUAGCGUUAUAGUUGCUUGAUGACUUAACUAAGGAUGGACUCUACAUGUUGUGUACAAAGAAUAUGUUUCAUAGUUUGGUUUAUAGAUGUUGUUGGUAAAAUUGUUUGGAUGCUCAACUGAAGAACUGGACACAAACUUUUUUAAUUGUCUGUGUACUUCCAAUACGUGUUGAUUAUCUUAUUACCGUUUCUAGUAAAGAAAAUACAUUUAGUGGCCUUUUCCUCCCUAGUGCCCCCUGGUGUCCACCAAAGACACUCCAUGUACUUGACUGAAGUCUAAGAAAGACAGAAGCAAAUGGAAAAUGAGAGAGAGAGAAGGUGUGUAGUGGAAAGUCUGAUGCUACAAGUCGGACAUUGCCAGUCAAAGUCGCAGAAAAUGUGAGAGGAGCAAGUAGAGCCACAGGUGAAAACUACUUUCAGGAGGACUUGAUUUUAAGAAGCCUUUUAUGUGCAAGCCAAGAGUUAUGUUUGCUAGCCAACUCCCUCUCCACAGCAGUACACGAGUUGACGUCAGCUACUCCUGAUGUCCACGCAGGGUCUGAGCUAUAACGUUAAGAAAAAAUGCUCUUUGAGCAGGAGUGGCGCAAACACUCCUUAGGACUUACCUGUUUUUGUCUCUUUAUAGACAAUAUUAUUUGUUUAUUUGACAUAUUUUCCCUUUUGAUAGAGAGACAAGAAUUGUGCUUGAAGUCUUUCAAGUACACGUAAACAUGAAUGUAAUUUUAGUCAUAAGUUUGAACAGUAUGGUAGAUUUUUUUUAACUUUAAAUAUAACAUGUAACAAUGAUCCGCUAUGAGGUAUUUACAUAUAUACAGUAGUCUUAGAAACAUGUCUAGGAACUUGGAUUCAAUAUAACCAUAACGCAUGAUCAGCACUUGCUCAUUAGUUAGCCUGUGUACACAAGGGCAUUUUAAGCAUUUGUCAAAAACAGCAUUGAUUUUAAUCUGAACAAUGUGUUAACAGACCACACUAAUGACUUUAUAUAAGAUUUACUCUCCAAACCUUUAAGGAACAGUACUGCUAAAUAAUGGCGCAUCAGCCUAUCAAAGCCAAAACCCUAAUUAAUCAGUGAAAUAAAUGUUCAUUAAUAAGGAGAAAUUAAUUAUGGCUGUAAACUUUCUUCCAAAACUACUAUAAAGCUGGUUAGAGGAUAAACUAGCAUUUAUUUAUAUUUUUUGCACAUUUUACAGACUUAAACAGCAUGUUAAAUUGAUAACACUGAUUAUCUCUUCAUC